GUUCCUGCUCUAACGGACCCUUUGGCAAGUCCACAUUUAACACUGUGUUCUGAGUUUGUUUGCUAGAGCUGCGCAAUAUGGAGUUCUUUAAAAAGUACUGAAGGAUUAAUGCGCAUAAUGGAGUUUUAGCCACAAACUAAAUUAGCUUAGCAUCCAACACAAAAGGGGACAUGGAUUUCAAUGGGAGCCAGGACUACGGGUCUUAUCCUACAGGUCUGCCCUACAACACAAGUAUAGACUAUGACGAUUAUUACCAGGAACCUGACGCAAGUAAAAUCAUCAUCCCGUCCAUCUACGCUCUGGUCUGCUGCGUGGGUCUUACCGGCAACGCCAUGGUCAUCUACGUCAUACUCAAAUAUGCCAAAAUGAAAACUGCCACUAACAUUUACAUCUUAAAUUUAGCUAUCGCUGAUGAGUUGUUCAUGUUGAGUGUUCCCUUUCUGGCCACAUCGGCGGCUGUUCGCCACUGGCCGUUUGGGUCGCUGAUGUGCCGCUUGGUUCUGAGUGUUGACGGUAUCAAUAUGUUCACGUCAAUCUUCUGCCUGACUGUGCUGAGCGUGGACCGGUACGUAGCCGUGGUCCACCCCAUCAAGGCCGCCCGGUACCGCAGACCGACGGUAGCCAAGGUGGUCAACGUCUGCGUUUGGGGGCUGUCGCUGAUCGUCAUCCUGCCCAUCAUUAUCUUCGCCGAUACGGUUCCGGCGCAGGACGGUGGUGUGGAUUGUAACUUCUUGUGGCCUGAAGCGGCGUGGUCGGAGGCUUUUGUGGUCUACACCUUCCUGUUGGGGUUCCUGCUGCCGGUCGGCGCCAUUUGCUUAUGCUACUGUUUAAUGGUAGCGAGGAUGCGAGCGGUGGGCCUCAAAGCUGGAUGGCUUCAACGGCGCCGCUCCGAGAAGAAGAUCACCCGUAUGGUUUUGCUGGUGGUGGCGGUGUUUGUUCUCUGCUGGAUGCCCUUCUACAUUGUCCAGCUGGUCAGUGUUUUCCACCGGCCCCCAGACCCGAUGGUCACUCAGCUGUUUGUCAUCCUCAGCUACGCCAACAGCGGAGCCAAUCCCAUCCUUUACGGUUUCGUGUCCGACAAUUUCCGCCGUUCGUUCCAGCGUAUCGUGUGUUUUCGGUGGCUGGAGUCUGGGCUGGAUGCGGAACAGGUGGAUUAUUGCGCUGUAGCCGUGAAGAGACAAGCGACAUGUGGCCCUCUGGAAUUUCCUAAGGACUGUAUGGCCUCGGAUAUGGUGUUCCGCAACGGGACGUACACCUCCCGUACGACCACAGUGUGACAUUCCAAGAGCGCGGUGGAUUAUGAUGUCACGGACUUUGAGAUUGUUGGAUAUUUUGACGUUUGUUUGGUUUGUGUGAAGAGGGGAGCUUCAACAAAAGAUGCACAAAAGAAUGCCAUACCAAAACUGACAUGACAGUAAGUAAAACACUCUAAUGUCAGAGAUAUUAAGCGUUUUUUAAUUCCUCAAUAUCAUAAACAGCAGAGAAAUCCUGAAAAACAAAUGCUCCUUAACUGUGUCUCCAUAAAAUAUCAGUGGUGGAGGAAGUACUUAAUUAAAAGUACAAAUAUCCUGGA